AUGUCCACGCCUGCGGACAUCCGGAGAAAUAUUCAUGAUAGUUUAUUUUGUGAUUUAAAAUUCAAAAAUAUAUGUGUUGAUUUAAUCCCAUCAAAACAAAUUAAUAAUUCUAUAGCAUUUCAACUUCAGAAUGAUAUUGACGAUUUUAUUCGAAAUUUGAUCUUAUCUAUUUCAAAAUAUGAUCCAAAAUUGGAAUUUUCAUGUUCACCAAUCGCUACUCGUGAUCAAGUGACAAAACAAAUUCGUCGCCAAACAUACGGUCUCAUUUGGACAUCUAUUCGUAAACCUGGUAUUUGUCAACUUAUUCCCGAUGGAACGGCAACUGCUUGUAUUCAAGUACUUCAUUCACCACCGACAUGGUCUCGUUACGAUACAGAUAUUCUGUUGAUUCCCCUCAAACGAAAAACAUUUCUUAACGGUUUAAUGUUACGGGAUGAGUUUCUACGUUCUCUAACUGUCAUAUUAAAACGUGACUAUAUGGAAAAUGAUGAUAAUAAAUCUAUUUAUGAAUAUAAAGGUGUUGAAUUCACGCGAAAUAGUAUACAAAUUGUGUUUUCUGGUAGAGCAAAUAGUGAUCAAGCAAAUUUAACAUUAGUCGUUUCUCUCUUAAUCUUACUCGAAUUCGAUGAAAAAACAACAUUUUUCGAUGAAGCAUAUAAAGCACUUGCCUAUCAUGAACCAUUUCGAGAUUAUCUAGCGACAAGUACAGAUGUAAAUUGUACACGAUUAACUGCCCUUAAUCCACUAAAAUUCAUCUACGAUUAUAAUGUUUUUGAAACACGAUCUACAACUUCUGAUGAGCUGGCAGUUAAUGGUAAUCUUGGAUUUAUCUUAACAGCAUUUAUGCAAUUACGAAAACAAUGGAGUCGAUAUUUGCCUCGUGCAACGAAGUAUGCAACAGAAUCAACAAAAACGAAUGAUAAGCGUCGUCAAUCCGCGUGUUCUGUUGCAUCCCUUCGAUCAAAUACUUCUGUAACAUCAAAUCUUUAUCGACAUAUGACUGCUAAAAGAUCAUUAACAUCAGAAAUUGAAUUAUCAUUUGAAAUUAUAUUUUCAAUUCAAAUGUUACGCGUAUUAUUCUUCAAGAUAUGUUGUACGUAUCAUCAUUUUCCAAGUGAUCGUGAUGCAGCUGUUUCGUUUGCAAUUGAAAAAGGUCUUCAUGUAAUCUCCGAAAGUUUGGAAAGCGGUUAUCUAGAACAUCCGUUUUAUAAAGGAGUGAAUAUUAUCCCCGAUGCGUGGAUAACAUAUGAUAUUGUGGUAAAAGUAGGCAUUAUGAAAUUGAUUAAAGAAAUGCAACGAGAAUGGAAACGAGGACGAUUAAUCAAAUAA